GUACAAAACAGGUGUAUCGCGUUCGGCUCACAAUACCCGGGCGCGCCGGAUCGCCUAGCGCCGCUGUAUUACGUUACAAGUUUACCCCAAGCUUACUCCGACCGUGUCCCAUACACAGUAACCACCACACAACGGCGUGGAAAGCUGUGGAGAGGGCACAACACCUUUGUUGUCAUUCUGUGUGCAACAACCCGUUAAGAAGGGUCAAAAUUCUUUCAACAAGGUCGGGCGGUGAAGGUACCAACAGGGGCGAUGUCACAACACUCGAGACCUUUAGACAUGGAGCCGACGGUACAGUACUUCAUAACGGUGAAGUAUGGAGACAACCAGACAGAAAUUUUCAACCCCCACUGCAAGAGUCAACUGCUAUUGAAGUGUAUCAAGCAGAAGUGUAGAUGUGAGCUAUUGGACCACGAUGCGGUCAUCGACCUAGCGGACGAUCAGGGUAACGUGAAAAACUUGUCAGAGAGUCAAACUAUCUCCACCUACGCCAACGAUGUCUUGGAGCCGAGAGGCGUCUACUUCCUCAUAAAAGUCAUAAAAAGUGAAGUCGAGAACGAACCCACGCGGUACGAACCCAUCAUCAGCAACACAGAGAAGAACUGCCCGGGUUUGUCAGAUCGUUUAAACCGCUCCACUAAGUCCCAGGCAGGCAAUAGAAAAGGCUGGGCGAACCUGAAGAAAAGACUCCCGGCAUCCUCUGCUCUAUCCGCUAUUUCCAAGGCCACAACGAAAUCGGGGAAGAAAAAUUCAACAACAAAAUAAUUUCUAUACUAUAUGAAAUUUUAUAUCAUAAGUUUGACCAAACAUUUUAUCACUGCGAACAUGUAGAACUGUCAGGGAUACAAAAAUUUUGUGCUUCCAGGCAAGAUAUGAAGAUAUGAAUAUAAUGUUUGGAAACUGAAGAUUGCUUCUUAUGGUUCUCGUACCUGUAUUACUCCGAGUGUGUUUGGUUCCCAAAAAUUAUUGGGUAUCAAAAGCUUGUGAUUAUGUCGGUAAUAAAUUCCCUUUCAUCGCCCCCAUCUGAUUUUUAAAGGAUCUUAGAAAAAGAAGCUUGUAUUUUUGUCACCAUCAUCAUUAUGUUUGCCUUUGUUGCCAACGAACAGAAUUUUAGUAUAUUUGUUACGAAAUAAAUGUUAAAGCUACGUCGUGGAAAA